AUGGCUGACGCUCCCCGUGGACGUGGAGGAUUCGGCUCUCGCGGUGACCGUGGUGGUGACCGUGGCCGUGGCCGUGGUCGCCGUGGUCGUCGCGGUGGUGCCAAGGAGCAGGAGAAGGAAUGGCAGCCCGUCACCAAGCUCGGCCGUCUCGUCAAGGCUGGCAAGAUCACCAGCAUGGAGCAGAUCUACCUGCACUCCCUGCCCGUGAAGGAGUACCAGAUUGUGGACUUCUUCCUCCCCAAGCUGAAGGAUGAGGUCAUGAAGAUCAAACCCGUCCAGAAGCAGACCCGUGCCGGUCAGCGUACCCGCUUCAAGGCCGUCGUUGUCAUCGGUGACUCCGAGGGUCACAUCGGUCUCGGUAUCAAGACCUCCAAGGAAGUCGCUACCGCUAUCCGUGCCGCCAUCACCAUCGCCAAGCUCAGCGUUCUCCCCGUCCGUAGAGGUUACUGGGGUACCAACCUUGGUGAGCCUCACUCUCUGCCCGUUAAGCAGAGCGCCAAGUGUGGUUCCGUCUCCGUCAGACUUAUCCCCGCUCCCCGUGGUACCGGUCUCGUUGCCUCCCCCGCUGUCAAGCGUCUGCUCCAGCUUGCCGGUGUCCAGGAUGCCUACACCUGCUCUUCCGGUUCCACCAAGACCCUCGAGAACACCCUCAAGGCUACUUUCCUUGCCGUCGUCAACACCUACGGCUUCCUCACCCCCAACCUCUGGAAGGAGACUAAGCUCAUCCGCAGCCCUCUGGAGGAGUUCGGUGAUGUCCUGCGUCAGGGCAAGAAGUACUAGGAUAGUGCUAUGAUGGGAAUAACCUUGCAUGAUUGUUUUUGAAUCGAACUAUUUUCCUACGGGUUUUCAAAAGUCUCUUCGGUUGUAGGAUCGGCAGUACCGGCAAAUCCUGACUUUUCGCGCUAUGCUACGCUAUAUACGGUAUUCAUGGAUGUAAUGAACACGGGAACAGUGAACAAGGAAAAACAACGUGAUGUCGAUCCAAGCUCUCUCUCGGCAAGCCGACGGUAUUUGAAAUGGG